CAAAAACCCAAUAAGAAACGAUGUCUCGAAGUUCAUAUCGUCAACAUAUAAUAAUAUAAACUUCUAUCCAGCUGUGAGGCUAAGAGCAAGGGUUCAAGGUCCGAAGAACCAUGACCAAUAUAAUAAACCAAUGGAUUCAAUCAAGACUUGGAAUAAUAAUGAAUUGGAAUGCUGAAACAUUUUGUCGUAAUACAAGAGACGGGCAUCUACUCUCGCGAAUAUUGAAAUCUUACGAGGUCAUCAACGAAGAACAGCUUGGAAUGAUACAUAAAACAGAGGUGCGAGCGAACUGCAUGCAAAAUUUCAAAUUCAUAGCCAUAUGGCUCAAAACUCUCGGAAUAUCCCUCGAUACCGACGAGGUAGAUGAAAUCGUUGAUUACACCGGCUUAGGUUCCAUCAAUAUAUUCUAUAAACUAUUUUUAGAACUUCACGAGAAAGAUAAUCUGACAUUCAUAACGCAACAACGGCUGAAUGAAAAAUUGCACCCCCAAAACACAAGAUUCGCAGUGAAAAGUGAGGCCGAGGAGACGGUACGACCCCCUCAGGUCGAGGGUAAAUAUAAAUCACCUUUGAUUGAAUCUUACGAUGUAAUUCAUUGGCACCAAGAUCGCCUAGAAAUGUUGGUCAAUAAAUGCAAAUCAGCUAGAGAGGAGUAUAUGGGCAUGGUGAGAACGCGAGACAAACGGUUGUCAAGUUCCUCAUUUAGUUACUACUCUCCUGCCUCGCCAGAUUUUCACAGAACGGAGGAAGCUAACGAAGAACUCAUUAACGAAUCGGUGAAAUCAAUUGACUUGUCCUACGAAAAGUUGAUUGAGGAACAAAAGAAAGCAAACAUGCUGAAACAGUUCCAAGCAGAUCCCAAAGAAGCGAAAACAAUACUCAAGAAAUACAAAGAACAGGUCAAGAAGAAGGCUGAAAAUGCCAUAUUCCAGAAGCAGCUGCACAAAGAAGUGCUGAAUGCGUUUUGGCAAAAGAUACGCGAUGAAGAAAAUGACGAGUGUGAUAAAGAUAUAACCGAAAAGAUGCUCAAACAGUCUUUGUAUGAAAAACAAAUGCUGAGGAAGCUGGGCGAAGUUAAAUUUCAGAAGGAUGUUAUGAUACAAAAUAAGCUAGCUAUAUCUGAUGCUAUUUUGAAAGAAAAGGAAGCACAAUUUGUCGAACAAUUUCUUGAAGAAGACAAGGAAUUGAACGAUAAAGAAUUCCAGUAUUACCUGAAUAAAGAGAAAACACUAAAAUUGCACAGGAAAAUCUACGAAGAAAAAUUACGCUUGAAAUCAGAGAGAUGCUAUAAAAUGUGUUCAGAGAUAAUCAGGAAUAUUUGUACCAUAGCUUUCAAAGAAUCUGAAUAUAGAAAUUUUUUCGGGGAAAGCCCGUCGAGAAGAGUGAUAGAUAACUGGAAGAAAUGUUUUUUAACAAAUGAAAAUUUCGAAGAUGCGGUAUCCCCGAUAGAAAUUAUACUCAAACCACCUGACGAAAUCCCAGAAGAUUUGGAAACAAUAGUUCAUAAUGAAAUAGAAAGGCAAGAUAAGUUGGACAAAGGAGAUUUCGAAAGCUAUAUAAACUUCGAAUGGCCUUGGGAACUCGAAAAUGUCGAGAUAGAUGACAACUACAUAUGCGAUAUGAAUUAUGGAAUGAAUAUUUUAGGACAUAUAGUAAACAAUUUGCUGAAAAUUAAAUAUCCUUUGCCGGAACCGCCUCCGCCUCCAAAUUUGCCAAAAGUAAAUAUUUCUGUUUGUGUAAAUGGACUGACAGACACUACCUGCUUGCCUCUACUCCAGAAAAUGUUGGAUCAUAAAGAUAUCCGUGUUUUCGAAAUGCAGGAUGCAGUGAAUUUUUGCAUAAAUGCUUUUAAAGAAGAAAGUAAACUUGCGGAAGAAGAUGGAGAUGAACAAAUUCAGAAAGACAAGACCAAAGGGAGUCAAUCAAAGAAGUCACUCAAGAAAGGAGCGAAAUCAAAAUCCAAAACCGAUAGAAAUAUCAAUACGGUAGAAGAUGUGGAAGACAAAUUUGCUCUGGCAGAUAAGACAGUACAAACGCCCAAGGUGUAUCCAUGCGAAGAAAUCCCUCUUUCGCCAAAAGCAGAGCUAGGAAGAAUAGCAGAAGAAGAACUAUCUCGUGGUAGUUCUCUUACAGAUCAUUUGCUUGUACAUAUGUUCUUGGAGUUCCUUAGACCUAAACAUCAUCUGAAAGGUUGGGUAUUGGUGAACUACCCCGAAACUUUAGAACAAGCAAUACUCUUAGAAGAAUCACUCACUGGUAUUACAAUUCCUGGAUAUUUUGAUACUCUUAAAGUGUCUAGAAGCAUAGGUGAGCUGGCCGAACUUGAGGCUAACUACGAUGAUAGAAAUAUGGAUAUUUACGAGCAAUACAGAAGUUCUAAAAUUUUGAAGAAUCCACAGAAAGCAAUUGAAGAUGGGCUUUCUUACGAUUCAGCUCUUACUGCCUUCAUACAGAUAAUUCAAACUACAAACGAAAGAAACGACAACACAGUACCAAACAUUUUAGUUGAAGAUCUAGAGAAUCGCACAUCACCCUUAGAAAUAUUUUACUCCGAUCUGGGUUGUAAUUACUCCCUUUAUUAUGAACACUUCGAUUAUUACACUGUCAAAUCUUUGGGGAAAUUGAUUAUUGGAGAUUAUUCCAUUCCCCCCAAAACGUCAAUCGAACUCUUCGGGGACAGCAUCAGGUAUAUCGACGCAGAAAAAAUUGAUUUGGAAACGAUAUUCAGAACUAAAAGUGUUAAGUCGGUGAAGAAAGGGGAUAAGAAGGAGACAAUAAGGAAAGAGAAGGUGGUGAAAUCUAAGAGUAAACUUUUCGAAGAGGAAACGAAGACAGAUAUAAUAGCAGAUAAGAAGAAAGGAAUGAAAGAUAAGACUGACCAGAGCGGUCACGUUUUGAUCGUACACUCGGAUAAAUUCACCCAAAUCCCGGAAGUCAUCGUUGAAGAAGUCGAAGAAGAAGAAGAAUUGGAAAAAGUAUCCAUCGAACCAGGAUCUCCAGGUUGGAAAUACACCGACUUGAAGUUGGCUGACGAGCUGCAAGUAGCGCUGGCAACCUUAUGGGAAAACGCCGAAGAGGUCUAUAUAGAAGAUUUUAGUCAGGUCUUGUUCAUGAAGAGGAUCAUCCUGAAUGCCAUAAUGCCGAAGGUCAACUACGUCAAGAUUCACAUGAAUAAAUACAUCAACUCGCCCGAUGACAAACAGAUGUAUCUGAGAAAGUUUCAACAACUUUAUAAUGAAUUCGAUGCUGAUAUUCGUAGUGAUGUUGAAUUCAAAGCAGAACUUCAUUGUCGGGUGAACGAGCUGAGAGAGAAACUGAUCGGAGUGUGCGACCAGCAGAUGAUGGAGGCUGAACAAGCACGAUGCCUCAUCGUCAACAAAAAGUGGGCUCCGAGGCAACUGGUGGAGCUCAUCAACAACUACAUAAACGGCUUUCAGCUGGAAAUAGACAGGCACGUCGAUACGCUCACGCUUGUUAGCGACUACUAUGCGGGAAUCGUCACGAAAUUGCCGGUACAGGAAUCACUAGCGAAAGAGGCCUUGUCCAGAUUGGAUCUUUUGGAUUCGGGAAUCGAGCAGGCUGUAUGUGAUGUGCUUCUCAGAGUAGACGAGGAUCUAGGUGACCCUUUUAGCAAAACUGUCGAGCAGAUCUACGGCAAGGCAUCAGCGUUUUCGAAUAAGUGUCAAAGUUGGGCCUGGUCUUGUCUAGAAAAAGUCAAAUCGGUCUUCUCCCCCCACGUUGAAAAACAGAAGGAAAAACAAAGCAAGAAGAACAAAAGCAUAAAAGGCGAUAUUAGUCAUCCGACGAUAUUCGAACCGAAUAAUGAAGUGAAACAAAAUUCAGAGAAGCUCUUCGAAGAAUGGAAGCGCGUUCUAACUGGAGAAACAGCCAGACUGACAAUAUGCCUGAAACUCCUAAGACACGACCUGGAACAAAAUCUCCAACAAAACCUGAACACGGUGAAGAAAAACAUGCUCAACGUCUACGAAGAUAUCAGAUCCAAAUACACGCACGAAGUCAGCAUAGUCAACAACGUUUGCAACUUCCUAGCAAGAGCUAUUGAAGCAGCUGUUCCCCUCCAAGAAGAGCUAGUCUUCAAGGAUGGGGAGUUCUAUCUUAACCCUCAACACAUAUUUUUCCCUGACGAAGUUCCUCCAGAGCAAACCUCCACUGACUUACCAGAAGACCUGUUCUUCACCAUACCUCAGUUGGAAAAAAUGACUGAAAUUCUAUUCGAUUUGGCACCAAGUGGUUACAUUCCUGAGCGCAUCUUCGUUUACCUUCUUCAAGACAUGGUGAUAGAAGAGGAAGAAAGUGUGAUGCCUAGGCUUUGGUCUAGAAUGUCGCCUGAGAAUAUCACUCAGCUUUCCAGAGAAUUGUUUGGACGCCAAGAGCUGGUCAGGUGGAAGGACUUCAUAGUUUACAAUCUCGUGAUACCAUUCCCAAGUGCAGAAGAUAUUCUGAGACUGAGGAAAUGUUACAGUGAAUUAGACUCGGAUGCUAUGGAAUUGAUAAAUGAAGAACAGUAUGAAUCGGUUGAUUUGUGGUUUGAAGAUACUGAAGGUGGUUCGAGAAAUGGUUUGAUCAAACAGCUGAUUUUCAAAAUGUAUAAGGUUACUGAGGAGUAUUUCAAUUAUACGGCAAUGUUGUUUUAUUUCUGCAAGGGUGAGAGUAUACCUGCUGGAAUUGCGAAGGCCUUAGCACUUUCUAUGGGAAAAGUGAUAUGUUGGGACAAUGAAAUUGGGAAUAAAUUCGUAGAAGCUACUUUGGAAGAGAGGAAAAUUCAUGAAGAAGAGGUGCGAACCAGAAAUGAAGAGCGAAGGCAAAAUCAAGAAUUUGCCGAGUGUAUUUUACAGGAUGUAGUGAAUGAAGUAGUCCAUGGAUGUGACAGUGUCAUUAUUGAAGACUUGACACCAACAGAAGAUGAAGAAACAAGAAAAAACUCUCUUCAGGAAAUAAUCAGCAGCGCUGAAGUGACACUUUGCAAUGGAGAAUCCCCAGAGGAUGAAGAAGAAACUACAGGAAGUAUCAUCAAGAAUGACAAUUCAACAGUUGAAGUUCUGAAUGUAGCAGAGGAUAAAUUUUCAAAUUUGGCGAUUGGUUUUGAAAAUUGUGAUGACACUGUUAUCGCACAUUUUAUAACACUUCAUAGCCUCAUACAAGUUUUCGCCAAGACUUUACCUCCCAGCCAAACAAAAGAAAAUCUUGAGGAUGAAAGUUUUUCAGAAAAAUUGGAAAACAUUUUUGAGGAGUGUAGAAACGCACAAUUCAAUAACGAAGUGUUAUCACAUGAUAUUUUGAAUAACACCAAGUUCCUAGAUCUUUUGAAUGAAUCCUUCAAUUUUCAGAUUAAAAAUCCACCCAAGAUUGUUGCUAAACUCAUAGAAACAAAUGAAAAUAUUGAUGUAUAAUAAAAAUGUUUAUUUGUUUAUUAUCACAAUUGAAUUUAUUAAUGUACAUAUACAUUGUAGCUCUUUUAGGACAUCAGUGGCGGCUCGUCAGGGUACGCAAGGUAUAGGAGUCGCCUACCCUUUAAAAAAAGUCCAUUGGAAUAUUUCUAUUUUCCCACUCUUUGUUCUGAAAUUUCCGAAUUUGAAGUAAUGGUUUUCUAAAAAGUUUCCUUGUAAAAAAAAAAACUCCAGCCACAUAACCUCGAAUUCUUCAAGUACACUCAAAGCCAGUGUUGCCAACAACAACGUGAUUACAGAUAUUCAAGUAGCUAAUGGGUUGCGUGCAAGAACUGUCAGAUGACCGACACUGGAGGCAAAACAUUGAAACACAACGUCACUUUUCUUAUUUGUUUACAGGUGAUCGAAAUAGUUUUUCACAAUUAUUUUGGCAUACGAAUCGUAUUUUUUCGCUAUUCAUCAAUUCGCUCAUGCCAUCAUAUUAUGCUGUUGUGAAAUGCACAAAAACUGCAGCGGAAGACGAAGUAAUCCGGUUGGUACAUUAUGAUUUCUAAGUAAGUACCUACUAUAGUCACUCACAUAUAGUUUUCAUUUUUGCAAUUUGGUAAUUUCUCUGAUUUCUUAUCGGAAUUCCUUCUGCGAUAGGAGCUAAUAGAAAUACACCUGAAAUUUUUAAAAUAAUGCAAGAAGAUUGGAUUCAUGCAAUCAAUCGGGAGGACUGGUCUGACAUGCUGACGAUCGUAUGUGUUGUAGACAUUUUCAAUCAAUUAGCAGUAUUAGCUUGUAUUGCAGAAGUGGCAGAAGGCAGUAGGAAUUUUAAUAAGGAAUGACAACACAUUUCAUAAUGAUAACUAUGUGAGAUUACUAUUUACCUGAAAAAUCAUAUACUUUAGUCUCUUGCUGCAUUUUUUGUGCAUUGUACAACAGCACAAUGCGAAGGCAUGCUCGAAUGGGCGUGUACACCUUAGUAGAACUUUGAACUCAAACCAUGUUUAUAAUGAUCCUUUUAUACAUAAAUAAUGAUUGACGAUAUAAUUCGAUCGAAAAAUUAACUGGAAUGUUUUAUUUUUGGACAUAAAUAAUGGUACCUUCUGAAAACGGAUUCUCUUAUGUAUGACGUAGAAACCUCAUCUCGCCAUAGUUAAAAGAAAAUAGCAAACGCCCGACGGAAACUGAGGCAACUGAUAUAUUAAUUCUUUCAAGUGAUCUCGCGCUAAUUCACUCUGUCAGAAAUCAUGUAUCAUUCAUCUCUGUCUGGAAUAGUCUUGUUUCAGUAUUAGGGUUUUGACGUCACAUCAUCGCCUCAUUUUCAGAGGUCCGAAAAAUCGGGGAUUUCAAUAAUCUUUUAUAAAAC